AUCGAUUCUGCCCCCGCCCUCGCUCCCUCGCUCCCUCGCUCGCUCUAUUUGCCUUUUACCUUAGGGUGUGCAUUGCAGGGCUGGCUUAAUCCUUUUGCUUGCGUUUUGCUGUUGUCGCCUCGCGGACGCGCUUCCUUUUCGCACUGAUGCUCUGGCGCAUUGUCUCGUGGAUGCGUGCCGUAGGGUUGCGGUUGUUUCUCGCAUUUCUCCCGGCGCCAUCGGAGCGUCAUCGCAGCUGAAGUAGUUCAGUGCAGGGGCGUGUUUUUUUUGCGACGUUGCAUUCAGGACAGAGGAGCUUGAGUCGAUUUCUGUAGUGUUGAAUGAUGUUAGCCAAGUCGGAUUCUUCCGAUGGAGAGGCGAUGGCUACUGUCUCGAAGUCCACCUCUGUGCCUGCUGCUGAAUCUUCGGGAGAACCUGUUGUGGCGGAUGUGGAGUACGUUCUAUCUGAGGAUUUGAAAGACUUGAGCAAUAUCGACACUCAACUUCAAACACUGCUGGAAAGGCUCGAUUCAAAAGAAUGGAUGGUGGUCUUCGAGGCUCUUACCAGUGUUCGGCAACUGGCUAUCUUUCACCCAGAGUUGAUGCAGCCUAUUUUAGGUGAAGUUGUUGCGUCGGUGACGAAAGCCCUGAAGAAUCCACGGAGUGCUCUUUGUAAGACGGCUGUAAUGGCAUCUGCAGAUAUUUUCAAGGGCUACCGCGAGAGUUUGCUUGAUAUUUUGGAUCCUCUGCUGUUGCAACUCCUGUUGAAGGCGUCUCAAGACAAACGUUUUGUUUGUGAAGAAGCUGAAAGAACCCUCGAAGUCAUGACGAUGUGGAUUCCUCCUCAAGCCAUGUUACCAAAGUUACAGCCCUACGUUAAGCACUUCAAUCCAAAAGUACGGGCUAAAGCCUCUGUGUGUGUCUACAACUCAGCAUCAAGACUGGGGGUUGAGGACGUCGAGCAGAUUGGGCUCGAGUCUUUGUUAAAGAUUGCUGCAGCGCAGUUAAACGACAGGCUCCCAGAAGCUCGAGAGGCCGCUCGUAAAUUGUUACUUCACUUGCAUGUUGUGUAUCAGAAGAAUCCCCCAGAUAUCAGUCACUCGGAUUUGCCAGAAAGUGAAGUUCCAGCAUCAAAGCAAGAUCCUUGGGAACAGUACUGUCUAAAUAGUCUUCCAGCUGUCACUGCCCAAGCUGUGCUCCGAGUUACUUGUGUUGACUCUUGAAAUCCACAACCUCCUAAUUCGUAGUAAAUGAGCAUGUCUGCACGUGAAAUUUGGCCCAGGGACUGGUCUUCAGUUCUAAUCCAGCUGGGAUGACAUCAGGGAUGAGGUUUUUGAUUCUAGCAGCUUUAAAAUCCCCUACACCUAGUAGGUAUGUUACGAGACAAGCUAACAUGAUGUAAACGGACGUUACUAUGACCAAAUUCGAGUCCUGAUUUUCGCCCUGGUGGGUUACAUGGUGGUGGUGAACAUAAUACCGCAACCAGCACCACCCAAAGAUGCGUUCGAAGCUUUUGAUAGGUUUUGUUAUGACCAAUCGAAAUCAAUAGUCGUGAGACUCUCCUUGUGCAGUUGGAAAAACAUUCAGUAGAUGGAUAACGAGUUGAUCUGCAUCUCCUGUAAACGCCGGCUGCUACGUGUUGUUCUUCUCUGUUCGUUGCUGCAUUCUGUGACGCAGCCAGCAGUUAUACAAUCAAAUUGCAGAACUUUGAAGACGUGUGUGUUUAAUUUUAUUUUUUUCCAUUAUUCUUAAUACUGACAUUGGGUUGAGAUAUAUGCAGUUAAGGUUUGUGAUCUAGCUUUGUCGCCAAUCUUGUGACUCGUGGAAGCACCAAGAAGGAUAUUCAUGGUCCUAAUCCACCACUGCGGUACCUUGAUUGGGAUGGGACAAUCUGCAUCAGUCUUGACAGCAUUGAAUAGUAGGAACUGUAGGUGGUAAUUUUUGGAGACAUUUGUGUGGAUUGUGUGGACAUCAAUAGAAUGAAAAACCUAGUGUCGUACGAUUC